UCAGACCGGGAGCGACGCCGCAGCCGGCACCGUGCGCCUCUCCGCUACGAGAACGCUGCCCCUGUGUUCCCUCCGCGCCGACGGCUUUUCCCAGUGACUGUGUACCCCGCCUUUAUUUAUUUCGGGUCCUCUUCGCCUCUCGUUCCGCUGACGCUCUGUAGCUGAGGAUUUAUUUUAUUUUUUUAAUCCUUGCGAGAAGCACAGCACAGAGCGGAGCGCUCCGUCUCGCCGGGACUCCGGGACAGACCCGCCGCACAGCCCUAGGAGGAGGCGCGGCCGCCCCGCCGCCAAGGACAAAAGAGCGGCCCCUGCGACAUGAGCAGCGCUGAGAUGGGCAAGUUCAACAUCUCUCCCGACGAGGAUAGCAGUAGCUACAGCUCCAACAGCAACGACUUCAGCUACCCCUACCCCACCAAGCCGGCCGCCAUGAAGAGCCACUAUGCAGAUAUGGAUCCGGAAAAUCAGAAUUUCUUACUUGACUCCAACGUUGGAAAGAAGAAAUACGAAACUCAGUAUCAUCCGGGUACCACUUCCUUUGGGAUGUCAGUAUUUAAUCUGAGCAAUGCUAUUGUGGGCAGUGGCAUCCUGGGACUUUCCUAUGCCAUGGCUAACACUGGAAUUGCUCUUUUUGUGAUACUCCUGCUAGUUGUUUCAAUACUUUCUUUGUAUUCAGUGCAUCUCCUUUUGAAGACUGCCAACGAAGGAGGAUCUUUAUUAUAUGAACAGUUGGGAAUGAAGGCAUUUGGUAUGCCUGGAAAACUUGCUGCUUCUGGAUCAAUUACAAUGCAGAACAUUGGAGCUAUGUCAAGCUACCUCUUCAUAGUGAAAUAUGAGUUACCAUUGGUCAUCAAGACAUUUAUGAACAUCGAAGAGAACACAGGACAAUGGUAUCUUAAUGGCGACUAUUUAGUGCUGAUGGUGUCUGUCAUCCUCAUUCUUCCCCUGUCUUUACUGAAAAAUUUAGGAUAUUUGGGCUAUACCAGCGGCUUUUCCUUACUUUGCAUGGUCUUCUUUCUGAUUGUUGUAAUUUGGAAGAUGUUUCAGAUUCCUUGUCCUAUGGACAGCGACAUCAUAAACGCAACGUUAAUAAAUGCAACACUGGUACCUUUCACAGAUGAAAAUAUAACAGUUGAUGAUGCAUGCAAGCCAAAAUAUUUCAUCUUCAAUUCACAGACUGUCUACGCUGUCCCAAUCCUAACGUUUUCUUUUGUCUGUCAUCCUGCAAUUCUUCCUAUCUAUGAAGAACUGAAAAGCCGAAGCCGUAAAAGAAUGAUGAACGUGUCCUACGUAUCUUUUUUUGCCAUGUUCCUGAUGUAUUUAUUGGCUGCUCUCUUUGGUUACUUAACGUUUUACGGAAGAGUUGAAUCAGAACUACUUCAUACCUACUCUGCUUUUCUGGGUGCUGACAUUCUUCUCCUAAUUGUGCGUCUUGCUGUACUUAUGGCUGUAACUCUCACUGUGCCUGUGGUUAUUUUCCCAAUCCGCAGUUCCGUCACCCAGCUUCUGUGGGCAGGGAAGGAGUUCAGUUGGUGGCGUCACUGUGCCAUCACAGUCGUUCUUCUGGCAUUUACCAACGUGCUGGUUAUCUUCGUCCCUACUAUCCGAGACAUCUUUGGAUUCAUUGGUGCGUCUGCAGCAGCUAUGCUGAUCUUUAUUCUUCCUUCUGCCUUCUAUAUCAAACUAGUCAAGAAGGAGCCAAUGAAGUCGGUGCAAAAGAUUGGGGCUGCAUUAUUCUUUCUAAGUGGUAUACUUGUGAUGACUGGGUGUAUGACACUGAUUAUUCUAGACUGGAUCCAUACUGAUGCUUCUGAUGGGCAUUAACUGUCCUGGUGUAAUACUCCACUUCAAAUGCCAGUGUUCACUCAGAUACCUACUGAGAAUGAAAAUGAGCUAUUCAGCUUCCUUCCUUUAAAAUACAGAUUCUUUGUUGAUGGUUCUUCUGAUUGUAGAAUACCUGAACUCUGGCUUUAAGGAACUAUUCUGCAUGAUGGAAAUGGAUAUUAACAUCAAACCACAUGAGUGUCUGGCUGAAGGAAGUGACAACUUUAUUCCAUUCCAGAGAAUGGAUAGAACUCUGUGUAGACUUUUAUCAAGCCAUGUUUGGCUUUCAUCAUUGUUACUUGGAUAUUUUGUUAUUUUACUUGAAUGUGCCUAAUGGAACCAUUCGAUGUGAGAAAUGACUCUUAAUUUACAGCAAAGCGUUUAAAUAACCAAUGAGAGAGAGAGAACAACACUAUUAUUUUUUGUACCAAAAAUUCUUAUGGACCUCAAAAGCACUAUUUUGACUUUAAGAAACUUCUUUUCUAAACAGAAAGAUGUGCAUAAAAAUAAGUGAUCGGUGUCCUAGAUUGAAUCUGGUUUGCCUCUCUUCAGAGGCCUAACUAGUGGAAAUUUUGUGUUAAAAAUACUUCUGAUGACCAAAACAGAAGAUGAACCAAUUCAAAUAAAAUCUUCAAAUUGCAAAUGUU